AUGUAUCAGUUCACCACACAAAUAUUCCUGGAACACUACACGCACUGCCUAAAUAUGACCGGCAACAGUUUACACAUUACUCGAAAUCUAUUUGCCCGGUGGAGAAACAUUCAAACUUCGCUGUAUCGAACGAUAGUGAACGGCGAUGCAGCACCGUUUAAACCUAAAACAAUGCGUACCCGAAAACCGAAAGCAACAACCGCAUCAACCGACAUCAGUGCCGACAUUGCCGUACCAAAGGAUAUAGUCGAACACUUUCAAACCGCCGAAGGAAUGGAUGCGUCCGUAUUGCAACACUUCCCACCAGCGAUACUGCGAAAAAGCUCGCUAAACACGGAACGAUUCUACGUCGCAAAUCGAACAACGGCCGAACAAAUCGCAAACGUCAUUACUAAAGAUCUACCGUCUGAUCGCUUGCUGGUGGAAGUAAAUCCCGGUCCUGGACUACUCACUGAGCAAAUUAUGAAACGUAAUGUUACCAACCUGCGCCUUUACGAAACGGAUGCCUCCUUUGAAAUGCGGCUACAGUCGUCACUUAACCUGCCCAAAGAUGUGCUUCGAAUAGGAGAUUUUAAUGGAUUGUGGCGAUUGUCGUAUCUGGACGGUUUCGACAACGGUCGGCGCGUCUUAAAGCUGCUGGAUGGUAUACCACAACGGAAGCUGAACGAUGAAGUCAGCUUCCGGUUAUUUUCUGUAAUCGGGACGGUGAAGUUUUUGCGUUACAUCAUGAACUCAAUCACGCACCAAUCCGAAUUCUAUUCCCUCGGACGGUAUGAAAUGUUUCUAGUGAUGUCACCUUUGCUGUACGCACAAAUCUCAUCAACCAAAGCUGCCGGAUACAAACUGUACCGGGGAAGUACGAUCGUGUUUCAAGUAUACUUCGAGCACGAAUUACUGGGAAAGGUACCACGCAAACACUUCCUACCCUGGUGUACUAGUGGUAGUGCAAAGAAGUUCCGCACACUCCACCAAAAGCUCAUACAGGAUGGAACCGAGGAGUGGUAUCUGGUAAAGAUUAUGCCACGGAAAAAUCUCCACGAGCACCUGCUGCCCGACAAUUUGGGGCUGUUUGCUUCGUUUGUGACGCAACAUUACGUAAGCAGACGGAAUCGGAUUAUCCCUUCGUUAGAACACUGGAUACCGAACUGUGGGGCAAGAUUAAUACUGAACGCAAACUAUACGCGAAGAUCCACGAAAAAAGCACCAGCGGCAAGCGUGUUACCCAGUCAGCUGCAGAAGUCGUCACCCCUGUCAUCGAACGAUUAUGCCGAUAAUAUGAACAUAUAUACCGAGUUCGGUGAACUGACGCCCACGCAGGUGUUAACACUGUUCAAUGAGUUUAUCAACUGGUCCGAAUUCCACCAGUCACCGUUCCUGCAGGCGGUGGAGAGUCAAAAGCAUAAGCAGCGCCUCCUGCAAAAUCUAGACGAUGAGGAUACGGCCGAAGAGUCUAGCGAACCGCACACAAUUGCUGAAAAGGGCCUUGAAAUGAGAAAACGAUCGGAUGCAUAG